UUAUAAAAUAGUUUUAUGAAAACUUUAUUAAUUAUGAAAUGUAAAUGUAAAUUUGUUAUUUGAUUUGAAUGAAAUUUUUUCAGUAUGCGUGCCUUUUACUUUUCACAUAAUUAGAAUAGAAAAUUUUUAUUUUUGAAUAUUGUUAAUGCAACAAAAUUUAUCCAUUAAGAAUGCCUAUAUAACAUUCAAAGUAAUAAGUAAUUAUACUUGUAAAGAUAUGAUUAUUGUAAAAAUGGAAAAUGCUUACAGCUGUCAAUCUAUUUCUAUAUAGAAGCAUCAUACUUAUUGAGUACAUAAUUCUAUAUUAAUAAAGGAUAUGAUAAUCAAGUUUGUGGUAUUAAUUUUGAGUGGUUUAUAAGAAGUUAUAGAAUUGGUCACAAACUAUGAACUAAUUAAAAUUAUUAAGCUUAAUUCCAUAAUUUUUAUGACUAUGUCAAUAUCAUUAAUGCAGACUAGUGGAAUAUUAAUGGGAUCAGCUCCAACUAAUACAGCACAAGUAAGCCUUGCUCUAGCUACAACUACUGUGGGUACUGUGAGUCAAUCAACAACUUAUUUUUGCACCAAUCCAUCAACGGAAAUAGCCCAAUUACCUCAUCAAUCCAACCUGGAUACACUUCAACCAGACCGACCUAUUGGAUAUGGAGCAUUUGGUGUUGUUUGGUCUGUAACAGAUCCAAGAGAUGGAAAAAGAGUAGCUUUGAAAAAAUUGCCAAACGUUUUUCAAAGUUUAAUUAGCAGUAAAAGAGUUUUUAGAGAACUGAAAAUGUUAUGUUUCUUCAAACAUGAGAAUGUUUUGUCAGCACUAGAUAUAUUACAACCUCCUCAUUUGGAUUUUUUUCAAGAAAUAUAUGUUAUAACAGAAUUACUUCAAAGUGAUCUACACAAAAUCAUAGUUAGUCCACAGCGUCUUAGUGUAGACCAUAUUAAAGUAUUUCUCUAUCAAAUUUUAAGAGGUUUAAAGUAUCUACAUUCGGCUAAAAUACUCCAUCGAGAUAUAAAACCAGGAAAUUUGCUUGUUAACAGUAAUUGUAUUUUGAAGAUUUGUGAUUUCGGUCUUGCGCGUGUUGAAGAACCUGACAUAAAAAAAGAAAUGACACAAGAAGUUGUUACUCAAUAUUAUAGAGCUCCAGAAAUUUUGAUGGGUGCUCGACAUUAUACUACAUCUGUUGAUAUUUGGAGUGUAGGAUGUAUUUUUGGUGAAUUAUUAAGACGGCGUAUUUUGUUCCAGGCUCAAACUCCCAUACAGCAAUUAGAUCUGAUCACGGAAUUAUUGGGUACUCCAAACUUACAUGAUAUGAGGCAUGCUUGUGAAGGUGCUAAGUCUCACAUGCUCAGGUGCAUUUCUAAACCAUCAUCUCUUAAUAUUUUGUAUACUCUUGGGAAUAAUGCCACUCAUGAAGCUGUACAUCUUCUCUGCCAGAUGCUUAUUUUCAAUCCUGAUAAACGGAUUUCAGUAAACGAUGCUUUAGCUCAUCCUUAUUUAGAUGAAGGAAGGCUUAGAUAUCAUUCUUCUAUGUGUUCAUGUUGUUAUCUCACGGAUGAAGGAAUCAGGCAGUACACUAAUAAGUUUGAACCAGUGACAUCUACUAGUUUUGAUGAUUGUUGGGAAAAAAAACUCACACGAAUUCAACAAGUAAAAGAAGAGAUGCAUAGAUUUAUUGUGGAUCAACUAAAUAAUUCUCGAGUACCGCUAUGCAUAAAUCCACAGUCUGCUGCAUUCAAAAGUUUUGCAAGAUAAAAUAAUUAAACAUUCCUUCAGGAAUAUUGAUAACUGUACAGUAAUCUUUUUCAACCUAAACUACUUAUGCUAUCCAUUUGCUUUUUAUAAUAAACAAUUGUAAUGAAUUGAUUUUAUA